UGGGAGGGCAGGCGUCCGGGGACCGGAGCAAGUGGGAUGUGCGUGGCCCGCUUGGCCGGGGGCUGCGCGUCGCCUCGAAACCGCCCUCCGGCGCCAUCCGCCUUCCAGGUCCCCUGGAUUCCCAGCCCCCUCCUAGGCUCCGCGGCCCCGGCGUUUCCCUGGCCCAGGGCCGGGGCCGGGGUUUGCCGCAGGACCCAUUGCUGUCCUCAGCAGGUGUGGGAACCCCUUCGCGCCCCGGAUCGUUAGAGCUCUCGGUGCUGUGCUGCGUUACGUGGGCCCUCAAGACAGGAGCGCUUUCUGCCCCGCUUUUUUUUUUUUUUUUUUUAAAUUUUUGACAGGCAGAGUGGACAGUGAGAGAGAGAGAGAGAGAGAAAGGUCUUCCUUUGCCGUUGGUUCACCGUCCAAUGGCCGCUGCGGCCGGCGCACCGCACUGAUCCGAAGCCAGGAGCCAGGUGCUUCUCUUGGUCUCCCACGCGGGUGCAGGGCCCAAGCACCUGGGCCAUCCUCCACUGCACUCCAGGCCACAGCAGAGAGCUGGCCUGGAAGAGUCUGCCCCGCUUUUUAAAAGCGGACAUUUUAAAACUAUCGCAUCGUCUCAGAAAGGCGUGAGUUUGGGAAUCUGCCGAGCAACAUGCUGCGAUUCAGGACUGUGUGUUUUAUUCGUGAGGGUCAUCGGAACUGAACAUUUUGUGUGCGGAGGUCUGAUGGCUGUGAAAAGUUUCAGGGAAGGGUAACGGGAGCCAGCAGCAUUCUUGUGCCUGCUUCUUCACUCAGCAUGUCGUGAGCCAUCAUGACAGGAAGCCUCUGAAAAUCUGCUGCAACUGACUGCAUACUUAGGAGAGAACAUAGCCCAAAAGGGUGCCAGGAAUGAAGCGACUGUAUGACCCUAUGUUUCCCAUGGCUCUUCCCAUAUACUGACCUAUUGUUUAUAAUGGCAUCCGAGACUGAGAAGACUCAUGCUUUACUCCAGUCUUGUAGCACUGAAUCUCUUAUUGCCAGCCUUGGUCUGGGGAUAUUUUGCCUAGUAGCUGACAGAAUUCUUCAGUUUCCCAUAAUUCAGCAAAAUGACUGGAUUCGUGCUCUCUCAGAUAAUGCAGCACACUGUGUGAUUGGCAUGUGGUCUUGGGCAGUAGUCAUUGGAAUCAAGAAGAAGACUGACUGUGGAGAAAUCAUUUUAGCUGGAUUUCUAGCUUCUGUUAUUGAUGUGGACCAUUUUUUCCUCGCUAGAUCCCUGUCUUUAAAGGCGGCUUUGACUCUUCCACGAAGACCUCUCCUUCACUGUUCCACGGUGAUACCCGUCGUGGUUCUGACCCUGAAGCUGACUAUGCACCUUUGCAAGCUCAAAGACUCCUGGUGCUUUCUUCCAUGGAUGUUGUUUAUAUCCUGGGCCUCCCACCAUAUCCGAGAUGGAAUUCGUCAUGGCUUAUGGAUAUGCCCGUUUGGAAAAACUUCUCCUUUGCCAUUCUGGCUUUAUGUAAUAACCACAGCAUCUUUACCUCAUCUCUGCUCAUUCAUUAUGUGUUUAACAGGGACCAGACAAGUGAUGUCUUCAAAACAUGGAAUUCGGAUUGAUGUCUGAGGUCAUCAGAUGAUUCAGGUGAUGAAAAUAAAUGGUAGCUAAUACUAAAGUGGCUAUCUAAAAUCAGUUAGGUACUUCUAUUAUUUAAUUAUAAUUCUUGAAUCCUGUUGCUCAGAAGGCAUGUGUAAUUUUUUUAAAAUUAUAUUUGUUAUAAUUCUAUUUCUCUCAUACUUGACACUUUAGUACAGUAAUAGAGUUCUAUUUAUUCCAUGAAAUGUUUUCAUCAUUUUUUCUGUUUCUGGCUUUACUUAUGCUUUUGUUAGAUGAACAUCCAGUUUAUUGGCUAGGAAUAUACUUCUAAGUCCAUUUCCUGAUGAAAAUAGCUCAAAUUUUAGGGUAACUGUUUGUGGAAACAGCAUUAUAUUUGAAUCUAUAUUUUCCUGAGAUAUUUAAACAAUGAAAUGGCCAAAAUGAGGUUAUGAAUAAGACAUGUAGUACAUGCUGACAUGUGUUUAUUUCAUAAAUGUUGAUCCUAACUAAUUUGCAAAGUACUCUAUGGGUUAUGAUUAGUAGCAAAAUCUGCUUCAGAAUUCUUUUAGGAUAUCAUCUUUACAAUAUUCAUAAAAGACAGUAACAUUAAGUCUUGAUUAUUAUUCUAGAAGCCAUUUUAGAAAAUAAUCAUUAUAAUAUGUUGAGUAUAGUGAGUAUAGUAACAUUUUACUAAAAUAGUAUUUUUUAUUAUCUUUGCCCAAGAAUCUCAUGUUAGUAUUUUAGCUGUUUGGGGAAAAAAAAAAGAACUACAUUUAACAAAAUAUUUGUUAACAAAUAGCUUUAGCAAAAUAUUGUUACAUUGACCAUAACCAUAGAAUUUGAAUUCACACCAAAAAAAAUCAGCAGUAAUGUCAUUUCAAAUGUAAACUCUAGAAUGUGUCAUUCCAUCUGUCUUAGUUGAGGUCAGUUUGUUUACAUAUUAUUAAAAAAUACUGUACAGGUUAAGCCAUUUUUUAAAAAUCUGCCUCAUACUGCAAGAGAAAACUUUUUUUUUUUUUUUUCAAAAUAAAGUAGUUUUAGGAAAUUUGCUUUUUUCCUUUGGUCUUUCAGGGUGAUCUUCUGUUAACAUGGUUAACCUUUAUCAAAAAAGGAAGAUUUAGUUGCUGUAAAUUUUACAUUUGUACAGUUUUAUUAUUUUGAUAUUAAAAUCAGUGCCCCAAAGGUACCUGCUUUUCUUUGUGGCAUAUAUGUACCAUCGGCUAGCUUCGUGGUUUAUUACGCUAUUGAUUGUGUGCCUUAUUCUCUGAGAAAUGGUAGAUGAUUCAUAAAACAAUGCCUUAUCCAAAGCAGGGUUUUCUUAUAGACUAAGUUAAACAGAGCUCUGUAAAUUGUUAUGAAGGUUACAGCUCUUUAGGGAAGAAACUUGUUUUUUUCUUAAUGUUAACAUAUUUAUUCCAUUAUGUUGCUGUGUUUUACGGUCUAUUAGAUUUUACAAUCUGUUGUUUGUUGUCUUCAAGAAUAAUCAUCAUGUGAAUUUGCUUAUUGAUAUAAUAGUACAUAUAACAGUAGUAAAUCUGACUAAAUUGGAGAUUUUUUUAAAAAAGCAUCUGAUUGAAGAAAUACAUGGAAAUAAAGUCUAUAUCUUGUGUA